AUGAACAACGCCAUCACAGACUCCCCUAGAUCGUCUAGGCAAGAAAGCUUCCAUAGUUUCAGGCCUCAGAUCGUAUCAACCACCGCUGACGGUGGUGAUAGUGGUGCCGCCGGCCCCAGUGGAUCCAACGAUAUCAGCCGCCGGAAGAAAAGAAGGAAAAUGUGUCGCUUCCCCGCCGCUGCCACCACUGAUCCCAAUGAUUCUCCAUUGCAGCAACCAGAACCCCUCAAUGCUCCUAAGAUUGCGCGGCCGUGUAGUGAGUGCGGCAAGCAAUUCUCCUCAUGGAAAGCUCUGUUUGGGCAUAUGAGAUGCCACCCUGAACGCACUUGGCGAGGAAUCAAUCCGCCGCCUAACUGUCGACGCCCGUUUUUGUUGCCGGAAAGCACGAAUUUCUCUGAUGAGGAUCGUGAAGUAGCAGCAUGUUUAGUAUUAUUAUCUAAUGGGCCUACUGUAACUUCAACAGAAUGCGGUGAGGCUUUGGUUGCUGCAGAUGUCGAUAUCGAUGUCGAUGGUGCCGGCCCAUCUGGUUUGAAUUAUCGAUUUGAGUGUUCGAGUUGCAAGAAGGUGUUUGGUUCCCAUCAAGCACUUGGUGGACACAGGGCUAGUCACAAGAAUGUUAAGGGUUGUUUCGCAAUCACAAGAAUUGAUGGUGAAGAUGAGUGUGGACAUGAAAGGAUUGAUAAUGGAGGGGGAGAGUCAUCUGUUUUGGUUGCAGAAGAUAAACUUCUGGAUUACAUGGUUUUAGGGCACAAAUGCAGUAUUUGUACAAGGGUUUUCUCUAGUGGUCAAGCACUUGGGGGUCAUAAGAGGUGUCACUGGGAGAAAGGAGAUGAAUUGUCACCACCACAAGGGUUGAACUUAAUUAAUCCUGUGGACUUGAACUUACCUGCACCAUUAGAUGAGAAAGAUGGGGAGUCAUCUUCUUCCUCUUCAGGGCUUGUUUUGGACCUGAGACUGGGAAUAUGA